GCAUUCCUGUCAGGAUGUAAUGGCUUAAAGACCAGGGAGGCAACACUCAAAUAUCAGACUGGGAAGCAGCACCACUCAAGAGGAUCACAGGAGUACUGAGAUCCCUUCCAUUAUCCAUUGCAGUUGGGGAAAUCUUGCUGAAUCCAUCUAGGAAUCAAAGGACCCAAGAUGUUUAGAAGAUCAAAAGUGACGGAUGGGACAGCCACUGGUCAAGAUCCUGAUGCAGAGAAUGGUAAAGAAGUGGGGAUCAAGAAAAGAUCUAGGGUCCCCGGGGUGAUGAUUACACAGUUUAUCGAGACGGUGCCAGAAGGAAAAAGCCAUCCAGACUUCACCCGCAAGCCGAUUGCUUUGACCAUCCAGGAGGGCAAAUUUGCUUUUUUUAAAGCGAUUGUCAUUGGAGAACCACAGCCGACCGUAACAUGGAGCAGAAAUAAUGGAGAUGUGUCUGAUACCUCAAGAUAUCAGACUAAAUACGAUCCCAAUACCAAUGAGAAUACAUUUGAGAUGCCGCAUGUUAUGCCAGAUCAAGCUGAUACCUAUAAAUGCUUCGCCACAAAUGAAUUUGGACAAGCCGUAGUCACAGUUGUUCUGAAUGUGAUUGCAGUUGGUUUCAAAAAGAACCAAGCCCCGCUACAAGAAGUUGAAGCCCCCGAUGGGAAUUUUAAGAAUGUACUGAAAAGGAAGAGUAAGAUCCGUCCGAAAUCUGAGCAACCACAGAAAAAAGACGGAGAGAUCGAUCCUAAAUUUUGGGAGCUCUUAAUUAGCGCUGACAAGAAAGACUAUGAGAGCAUCUGUAAUGAGUUUGGAGUGACUGACUUUCGCUGGAUGCUAAAGACACUUAAUGCAAUGAAGAAAGAAAGGGAGGAAGAGCAAGCUGAGUUCGUCAAAAACCUGUCUAGCCUGAGACCUAUACAGGUCAAUGCAGAUGGUACUGCAUCCUUUGAGUUUGACAUGGACCUUAUUGAACCAAGCAGCUCCAUAUUCCUGUACAAGGACGGUGUAAUGGUCCCAUAUACAAAGGAGUUGGGAGAUAAGAUGAAACACGGCCUUAAACAACUGGGGAAAAAGUAUAUUUUCAGUUUGAGGGACCUUAUGCCAGACGAUGCUGGACUGUACCAGGUUGAUGUAGGGGAUGUGAAUGUGUUUUCCACUGAUUUUAAAAUCCCGAUGGUGGAGUUCUUGGUGAAAAUUCAGGAAGUGAAGGCAACGGAGAGAGAAGAUGCAGUCUUUGAAUGUGUCCUGUCAAAUCCAUUCUCCAAGAUUUUGUGGUUUGGCAAAAAUUUGCCACUGGAACAAGGUGAUAAAUAUGACAUCCAGGUUUCAGAAGACAAGCUCAUCCACAGGCUGGUGGUCAAAGACUGCAUGAUAGUAGACAAAGGAAUUUAUUCCGCCUGCGCCGGGAUAAAAUCUUGCAAUGCAUGGCUUGUCGUUGAAGCUGAUAAAAGUACACCAAAGGGCAAAAAAUCAGUGAGGAAAACGACAAGGGCAGGAGGAUCUGGGAUUGAUCUGCAGAAGGUUGCCGAAGAGCAACAAGUAAAAUUAGAGCAGGUAAGAGAAGAAAGGAAAGAACAGAUUAAAGCUGCGGCAGCUGCACCUCCACCUGAAACCCCUCCAGUUCCUCCACCCACUAAGGCACCGAAAGACCCUGAGCCAAAUAUGGCAGCAGCAGCAGUGGCGGAUCCACCCGUUGUGGAGGUCGUAAAAGCUGUCAAACCAUCAGUCAAACCACCAGUCAAAUCAUCAUCAUCACCACCUGCAGACACGGGAAGUGUGCCAGAAAUUACCUGUGGACUCUCUGAUAUCUAUGCUCUUCGUGGAGCGCCAGCUGAAUUAAAGGUGGAGAUUAGUAUAGACUGCGAUGGCACCUGGUUCAAAGAUGGAGAGCAGUUAAAAUCAGGUGCUGGGGUCACCAUCACCAAAGACGGAACCUCUCACAAGCUGAAAAUUAAAAGCUGCACAGAUGACGACUCUGGAGUUUAUCGUUUUGUAUCAGGGGAUGUCAGCACACAAGGAAAGGUCACUGUUGGAGGUGUACCUGAAUUUGAUCCAGACGACCUUCACAAGUUCUCCAAACCUGUGAUCAUAAGAGUGGGCCAGAACGCCGCUUUCAAGAUGCCCUUUCCUCCUCAGGAGUCUUUGGUGGUCAGUUGGUUCAAGGAUGGCAACGAGAUCAAAGACGGCGGAGGAGCUAAGAUCGUGAGGGAGCCCAAUCAUAGCCGGCUGCUGCUCAGAGACUGCCUGCGGACAGAUGCAGGGGAAAUAAAGAUCCAACUCAAAAACCCAUUUGGGACUGUGGAGGCCACAUCUAGGCUUAUUGUGCUUGAUCGGCCGGGUCCACCGGAGGGUCCAGUGGAGACUGUUGAAACCACCUCGUCUAUGAUUGAGAUUAAAUGGAACCCUACCAAAGAUGACGGCGGCUCAGCUGUCACCAACUACAUCAUAGAACGGCAGCAGGAAGGACAUGGUCUGUGGACCAAACUUGGGGACGUCUCAGCUGACAAGACCUCCUUCAGAGACAGGAAUGUGACUCACGGAAAGAAAUACAACUACCGCAUCUACGCGGAAAACCCUGAGGGCCUCAGCGACGCCCUGGAGACAGCCGAUAGCAUUAUGGCUGGCAUAUUGAUACUCUCCGGUCCACCGGGUGCCCCUACAGUGGUGAGUGCCUCUAAGACCUGCAUCAAGUUGACCUGGACCCCCCCAGAGGACGACAGAGGAGUACCGAUCAUUGGUUACCAAUUGGAGAAACGAAAGAAGGACACAGAUCAGUGGAUUGCCCUGAAUGCACUAAAUGAGCCUAUUGAGGACGUUAACUAUGCAGUUAAAGACGUCACUGAGGGAGCAGAGUACGAGUUCAGGGUUUCAGCGAUCAAUGAGUCAGGAGCAGGAGACCUAAGCCCUCCCUCUGAAAUGGUGUGUGCAAAGAAUCCCAACAUGAGACCUCGUUUUAAAGACCCAGAGGACUUCAUUGUUGUCAGAGCAGGAAAUUCUGCACGUGUCAAAAUUUGCUAUGAGGGUGAACCUCCACCUCAGAUCACUUGGCUGAAGGAUGACGAGCCAAUAUCCCCGUGGAUUAAUGUCAUCAAUACUGAAGGAAUGUCUCAGCUUGUUAUUCCCUCAUCAAAGCGCUCAGAUUCAGCAAUUUACACCAUCAAGGCCAAAAACUCUGUGGGUGAGGCUUCAUUUGACGUUGAGCUUAGAGUCGCAGAUGAACCCAAGACUCCAGGGCCAGUGGAGCUGGUGCAAACGGUCGAAGGCAAAGUGGUGGUAUCAUGGGGUCCUUCUCCAGACCAGGAGAUUGACGACCGCCUGUACUACCAGGUGUCUCAACGCGACUCCAACACUAGAGUGUGGAGGACUGUAGCAGACCGCCUCUCCACUAACACAUACACAGCCAACAACAUCCUUCCUGGGGUAGAGUACCAUUUCCGGAUCUAUGCCAAGAACGAUGUGGGCCUCUCAGAUCCCUCUCAGUCACCUACAUGGGGUGCCAACAGCAACAGAGUUCAAAUACCUUCAAAUGGAAUUAAUUCAUCAGGGGUCAGCUUUGAGAGGCCUCCAUCCAUCUUGGUCCCUCUGAAGGUCCACACACCACCUAAAGGUUACCAACUCUACAUGACAUGUGCUGUCCGUGGAAUCCCUACGCCCAGCGUAUCCUGGUACCUGAAUGGCAUCUGCGUCAACUCAGACAACCACUACUACAUCACCAACUCAUUGGGUGUGUGCUCCAUGUACAUUCUCAGAGUGCAAUCAGACGACAGCGGUGACUAUAAAGUUGUGGCAGUCAACUCUUUUGGCAAGGCAGAGUGUUCUACAAAACUUGUUGUUAGAGAUUAAAAUCACAUGAAGACUUUCUGCAGCCUUUCCUCUUACUGACAUAUUCUUGACAAUGACGAUGAGGAAUGUUUUGUCUUACUGCAUAAACUGCAUUCAUUUAUUUGAAAUGUGACUGAUUUACAAUUGUUACCCCGUCAUCAGAAAUAAUAGCACGAUUGAAGUGACACACUUGAGUACAAAGACAUCUGUCAAAUUUUGUCUUGUAGCAACUGCAAUAAAUCAACAAACUGACAAA